GUAGACGCUUCUGCAAAGCCCUCUCCCACCUCUCUUUCUUUUCUCUCUUCGAUGGACUACCAUUUCAGGUACUCCUCUUUCCUCACCGUCGGACCCACGUCUCGUUUUCGUGUCUCACAGCUUCCCAACAAGCUCAGAUUAUUAUCGAAAUCGAACCGCCCAAUCCCAGUAAAGCGUCUCUUGACAAUCAAAGCCUCUGCGUCUGAUGAUAAAGAGCCUGUAAAUGGGUCAUUCGUCAGACCCAGUAAGAUUUUCAUGGAAGAGGCAAUUGGAGCAGAAUAUGGAGAAGGUUUCGAGACAUUUAGACCAGAUGGGCCUCUAAAGGUUGAUGUGGACUUUUUGAAUGAUAGGAUGCAAGAAAGCUUUCUCCAGAGAAUACGUUAUGCCAUGAAGCCGGAUGAAGCUUUUGGGCUUAUUUUCUCAUGGGACAAUGUUAUGGCUGAUACUCGAUCUUUGAAGUUGAAUGCUUGGAAGCAACUUGCCUCUGAAGAAGGAAGAGACAUCAUACUACAUGGUGAUAUACAAAGAUCGAUGCUAUACACAGGUGCCGAUCAUGUCCUACGUAAGGUUUUGUGCUGGGAAAAUGAAGAAAGCAAACUCAAGAGAUUGAAGUCAAGGCUCUCCGAGUUGUACUUUGAGAAUCUCCUUAAACUCAGGACGCCUAUGGAAGGUUUGAAGGAAUGGUUGGAUGCUGUUUAUACAGCCGGCAUCCCUUGUGCUGUUGUUUCAUGUCUUGAUCGGAUUAAUCUUCUUGCGUCUCUGCAGCGGAUGGGGCUCAAUAAAUAUUUCCAGGCGAUUGUGUCAGAGGAGGAUGGAAUGGAGUCGAUGGCGCAUAGAUUUCUCUCUGCUGCAGUUAAGUUGGAUCGGAAACCAUCCAAGUGCGUCGUUUUCGAGGACGAUCCAAGGGGCAUAACUGCUGCUCACAACUGUACGAUGAUGGCAGUCGCAUUAAUUGGCGCUCACCCUGCGUAUGAGUUGGUGCAGGCUGAUCUCGCCGUCGCCAGCUUCAGUGAGCUGUCGGUGAUCAAUCUCCGGAGAUUGUUCGCUCACAAGGGUUCCACAUUCAUGGAUCUACAGAAACAGAUUGUAGAGAAGUCGCCCCCGAAAAGGAAGCUCACUACUGACACCAUUUUCUAAUCUGAUUCCCCCAUCCCAAUUUCCUCUUCUUACUGUACAGCGAGUAGCAUGCAGGUUGUUAGCCAUGCAUGCAUGCAUUUUUUCCACCCUUUUUCAAUGUAAAGAUGUAGCUUUAGUAAUGUUAUUGGGAAGGAUGCCCGUCUA